AUGAUUUCAAGGAACAAGUCGACCUUCAUGAUAACAUGGUGUUCCGUAGUGGCUUGGUCACUCAUCAUCAACAUACACAGUUGUCACAGAGUAAUAGAAAGUACAGAAGAUACUCAGCCAGACCCUCAAACGUUUCACAACAUUACAACGCUCUACCCUAUCAGUAACAGUACGAAUACAACUAAGAAUGACUUAAGCUCAAAUACCAAAACUAUUAAAUCAGAAGCUACAGUUUGGAAAAUAGAAACUGCUUUCGCUGAAUCUAAAUUAACUAAAACUGAUAAUAAAAAUGCUACAGACCCCGUGGACUCCAAAGAAAGGCUAAUUCAAAAUGAUGUCAAUGUUAACAGUAGCAAAGAAUUUAAACCAAGUCAACAAUUGGAAACAUUUCUUGAAGCGAGCGCUGAGGUUAUACCGCCAAAAAAAUUAUUAGACAACUUUGUUCCUAUAAGAAAGCCGGCUUCAUCUUUUUUUAGUUCACACCGAGAUCCAUUUAAAUCCAAUCUUUAUAAGAUACCAAAGAACAUAUUCAAACAGAACGAAUUUCCAUAUAAAAUUGAGAAUAGUAUUCUUACGAAAACUAAAAGUAAUUGGCAACCAAGCAGACCGGACUCUAGUUUUGACGAUGGGAAUCUAGAAUCAACGCCAACAGUGGAAUCUCCUAUGAGAGUACCCGCCGGAGGUCUUUACAAGUCCCCAGAUGCAUUUAAAAAUAAACCAAAUGAAAAUGGAGACAGCGAAGAUUUUAAUUUAGAUUUCAAUGGAGAUGUGAAGGAGAAUCCAAUAGACGUAAAAAAACGGGUUAAUCCUUGGAAGAAUCUACUUCACUUAUUGACUGCAUUCAUCCCCGUAGGACUCAUAAUCUCAGCACUUACCCCAAGUGUAAUCAACAUUGAAAACACCGGCCCUGGAAACCAGUUCCCGGCAAAUAUUUAUCGUCGAUCCGAUACGACUAGAGACAUAGCGCCCAUCAGUGAAUCCUGUCGACGAAGACUUCUUUGCGAACUACACUCUGAAAAGAACUAUGCUCAGUCCCACCUUCAACGUAAAGGUAAACAAUGCUACAAAUUACAAUGUGAAGAUCAAGAUGCAAUGUCGAAAAUCUUACAAUGGUUGCUUUCAUACGAUCGCCCAAGACAUGAACAUCAUAGAGCAAAAAUUUAUACAUAGAAAUCCAUUUUGUUG